AUUUUCCCUUUCUGUAAAAUUAGGGUUUACAAGAUGGUAGAGAGCACGCAGGAGAAGAAGCAGAAGACACUGCCGUAUCUUCCUCAUGAAUUGAUUAUUCAAAUCUUGAUGCGGCUGCCGGUGAAGUCUCUUAUUCAUUUCAAAUGUGUUUGUAAGCUAUGGUUUUCUCUUAUCUCUGAUCCCCAUUUUGCAAAUUCACAUUUUCAACUCACCACCACAACGCACACUCCUAGAAUUAUGUGCAUAUCAUCUCUAUCUCAUGAAAUUCGAUCUAUAGGUUUUGAAGCAUUUCUUAACGAUGAUGAUACUGCUUCAGUGAACCUUAAUUUUUCGCUUCCAGAAUCUUAUUUUCCGGCUGAAAUUAGAGGUUCGUGUAGAGGGUUUAUACUUUUGUAUCGUGACCCAAACAUCUACAUAUGGAAUCCAUCCACUGGAUUUAAAAAACAAAUACCUGGGUCUCCUUUUCGUUCCAAAUUAGCAAAACUUUGUAGCAUUCAUAUACAUGGUUUUGGUUAUGACCAGGUAAGAGAUGAUUACUUGGUGGUUGUAUUGUCCUAUCAUAUAACCGUAGUUUCAACACGUUUGAAGUUUUUCUCAUUUAGAGAUAAUACAUGGAAAGAAACUGAGGGUGCUCCCUUUGCUUAUUGUGUCAUCCCUUCUCGCAGAAAAGGGUUUCUAUUUAAUGGGGCUAUUCAUUGGUUGGCUUUGCGUCGUGAUUUACGUUGGAAUGUAAUUGUUUCCUUUGAUUUAAUGGAAAGGAAAUUGUUUGAGAUGCCUCUUCCAAAUAAUGUUCACCAUAGUGCAUUGGUACAUUCUGGUUUGUGGGUAUUUGGAGAAUAUCUUAGUGUAUGGGCUAAGGAUAAUGCUAAUGAUACAGUUGAAAUAUGGGUGAUGAAAGAAUACAAAGUGCAUUCGUCUUGGAUUAAAUCUCUUGUUCUUUCUGUUGAAGCCAUUCCUGAUCACUACUUUCAACCUAUAUAUUCUACAAAAAAUGGUGAUAUUAUUGGAAGAAAUAUGCAUUCUACAAACAUGUCUGAUGUUAUUGGAAGUAAUCAUGGUACUAGAUUGGUGAAGUAUAAUUACCAAGGACAGUUAUUAAGGCAUCACGCCUUCUGUAAUAGUCCAUCCGAAGUUGUCAUGUAUACUGAGUCUCUGCUUUCACUCCCUGGCCCUGGUGACAACAAGCAAAUUUAAGAAAGAUCACACAAACAAGAAGACCGACAUUGUGAAAUAUUCUCAACUAUUUUCUUCAUAAUUAUAAUUAUAUUGUAUUAUGAACUCUGAUGGUUGCAUUU